AUGGUAACGUGCAUAGAUACCCGUUUCCUAACCUCCUUCAAAGAAAUCAUCCGACUGGGCUUUCUAACUAAAAUGCAGGUCUCCAAUACCGAAGGCUAUGGUGUGCCAGACUGGGAGUCAGAAAUGACCCUGGCCAUCGAGGCUCGGAUUGACGCCUUUGCCUUGAACAUCGCCGCAGAGCAGUCUGUCAAUACCGGAUCAGUGGCGAACGCCUUUCUGGCGGCCGAAAACGUGGGCUUCUCUCUCUUCUUUUCGUUUGAUUAUGCCGGCAACGGUGCGUGGGCCAAGGAGGACUUUAUUGAAUUGAUCAAUAGCUAUGGCUCGUCCACUGCCUACUACCACUACAAUUCUCAAAUCUUUGUUUUCACCUUCGAAGGGCCUGCCAAUGCGGCGGAUUGGGUCGAGAUCAAGGAGGAAACUGGGUGCUUCUUUGCUCCUGACUGGUCCUCCCUCGGAGCCAUGGAGGCAAUGGCCCAGGCGGACGGGGUAGCGGAUGCGCUGUUCAGCUGGGCCGCGUGGCCCAAUGGGCCGGCUAACAUGGACACCUACACGGAUGCAUCCUACCUCGACUAUCUUGAGGGCAAGCCAUACAUGAUGCCGGGUUCCCCGUGGUUCUUCACCAAUAUGCCGGGAUACGACAAGAACUGGCUCUGGCGGGGCGAUGACAUGUGGUUUGACCGGUGGACUCAGGCCCUGUUCGUGGACCCCGAGUUCAUUGAGAUCAUCUCCUGGAACGAUUUCGGAGAGUCACACUAUAUCGGUCCCAUCAAAUCGGCCGAUCAUUCGUUGGCGAAUCAGACUUACACCGCUUUUGACACUGGACUGGCCCCGUAUAACUAUGCCCUCGACAUGCCGCAUGAUGGCUGGCGCGCAUUUCUGCCCUAUGUGAUCGAGACGUAUAAGAGCAAUAUCUCCACUGUUACCCAGGAAGGCAUCACCGGCUGGUACCGGCUCAACGAGGCUGGAGCCUGUGCCUCCGACGGCGGGACGACCGGGAACACGGUCAGUAAGCUCCAGGUCGAGUAUUGGCCGUAUGAGAUUGUGCAGGAUAAGAUCUUCUAUUCUGCCCUAUUGGCCUCGGAAGCGGAGGUGUCGGUCUCGGUAGGCGCCGCCGAUCUGGGGGCCUCGUGGACCUCGACGCCCAGUGGCAAUGUGGGCAUCUACCAUGGCAGUGUAUCAUUUACCGGACACUCGGGCGCGGUGACCAUCACCAUCAGCCGCGGGGGCACCACGAUUGCCACACUGCAGGGGCAGUCAAUCUCCGCUGGCUGCGCGGCCACCUCCGGGGUGGAGAAUUGGAACGCCUGGGUCGGGAGCGCCAUGUCCACCGAUACGAUCAGCGUGACUCCGGCCUACUCGCUGGGCGAACAGACCUGUGUGGAAGGCUGGGGGGAUGGGAACUUCCUGGGUCUCUGCGAGCAGGCGUGCUCCUGGGAGUACUGUCCGAUCACCGCCUGCGUAUGUUCGAAGCUCGGACCGGCGCCCACGGUACCCGAGGACACGGGCGUUCAGGGCUACCCGAUUGCCGGGGAAGAUGCUAGUUACAGCGGAUUGUGUUUCUUCGAUUGCAACCACGGCUACUGUCCGAGCACGGCGUGCGGGACCGUGGAGGUGGCCCUCACUAUCCCCACGGUCUCGGACUUUGCCCCGCCGGCCUGCACCGCCGGUGAGGGCACUGGGGACUUUGUCAAUCUCUGCGGCUUUGGCUGUACCCACGGCUUCUGCCCGAUCCACGCUUGCAACCGCACCGCUACGGGUGACCUGGACUGCAAAUGCUACGACGAGUGUGAGGUGGGGGAUCCCUGGUCGGAGGACGAUCAACUCUCCUGCAUCGACGACGACCCACGGGCCUGGUGCGAAGUCACGUCGCCGUGCGACUUCAACCUCACCAUCUCGACCAUGGCCGAACUCAACGUCCAGUCGGCCAACAUGGCGGACGAAUGCAUCCCGUACUACAUGCUCGAUGUGCUCUACAAAAUGAUUGACGUGGUGGUCACCAACUACACGGAUAUCCUGGCCCACAACGACUACAACGAGACCCUGAAGUACUACAAGUGGUACGUUGAGAACAAUAUCACGACCUCCCUCGCCAGCGCAAUGAAAUGGGACCCUGCGGGCCCGGGCCUCGCCUACUUCGACUGCAUCAUCGAAGUCGAGGGCAAGAACGGGACGGCGGCGCAAUGCCCCAACAUCGCCGCCACGGACGGGCACCAGUCGUACAACAUCUACUUUGAGGUGCGCAACAUCACCCUGUUCGAGGCGUGGCUGCUGGCCGACUACGGCAUCCAACCGGACUGGGUGCGGUACGACGGCACGCACGACCGAUACAACAUCUGCGUGGGCCACCUGAACCCGGACUGUGUCGCGUGGACGGAGAACUUCUACGGGGUGCCCCGGAAGGCGGCGCAGGUGAACAUCACCGACCCGCGCACGGUCGUCGCGCAGGCCCUGCCCCACCUGGACGGGCUGCGGCAAAACAUCCUGGCCGCACAGCUGCAGACGCUUGUCGGCGCGUGGCCGGGCUUCAGUGACGAUAUCGCCGUCAGCUCCAUGCAGGAAGUCGUCACCAUCGGCAAGGAGGAGAAGGCCUGGGAGCACCGCGAGAUGAUCGAGGAAAUCCUGGGCGCUAUCUUCCUGGUCGUCCCUUUCCUAGGCGAGCUCGGCGCCGUCAGCGACACCCUGGCCGACGUCGCCGAGAUCGUCGCCGUCGUCGGCGACGCCGCCCUCAUCGGCGACAGCAUCUACGAGAUCGUCGAGGACCCCGACAACAGCGUCAUGACCAUUCUGAGCACCCUCUUGCUGACCAUGGCCGCCGCGAGGCGCGAUAUCUCGGACGAGACCAUCGAGGCCCUCGGGCCGGUCUUUCGCGAGAAGAACACCCAGGUGGAGAAUAUGGUCAAGGACUGUGUUGCGGCAUAA